UUCACUUCAUCCAUCCAUCCACAGAGCAAUAGAUCAUAGACACAGCUAGCUUUGGUUUCGGCAAUGGCAGCUUCACCUCGAGGACUAGUUCUCCUCGGCGUUUGCGCCGCCGUCCUGAUGGCGUUCGCCUUCCAUGGCGAGGCGGCGUCGGUCGUCGUCGGCACGGCCAAGUGCGCCGACUGCACCAGGAAGAACAUGAAAGCUGAGGAUGCUUUCAAGGGUCUCCAGGUGGCGAUCAAGUGCAAGAACAGCAAUGGCGAGUACGAGAGCAAGGCCGCCGGCAAGCUCGACGGCACCGGCGCAUUCAGCGUCCCGCUCGACGCCGACCUCCACAGCUCCGACUGCGUCGCCCAGCUCCACACCGCCGCCAACGAGCCAUGCCCCGGCCAGGAGCCGUCCAAGAUCGUUCCCCAGUCUGAGGGCACCUUCGUCGCCGUCGCCGGCAAGACCCACUACCCAUCUGCGCUCUGCUCGUCGGCGACCAUCUGCGGCCCGAUCAAGAAGAAGAUCAUCGACCACUUCCACAAGAAGCCGGUGCCACCGAAGCCCGAGCCCAAGCCGGAGCCGCCCAAGCCGAAGCCCGAGCCGGAGCACCCAUUCCUGGACCACUUCCACAAGAAGGAGAAGCACUUCUUCGACCACUUCCACAAGAAGCCGGUGCCACCCAAGCCUGAGCCUAAGCCGGAGCCCAAGCCUGAGCCGAAGCCGCAGCCGGCGCCGGAGUACCACAACCCCACCCCUCCGGCGAACUAAGCAACGAUGAGAUAAUAAUCAGCAAUGGAUGUUUGAAUGGUUCUUACAUGUAUGAUUAUUUCCUGCCAUGUCAGUGUCUUCUGAGAAUAAUUAGCAGUUUCAUCUACAGGAGUUUUUGUACUUGUGUGUUUCGAUUAAUUUAUUGGAUAUCAUAUAUAAGCAGAGACGAGCAAUGCGUGUA